UUCUCCCGCCAACCUCGAAGAGGCGGGGAAAGGAAAUUUCAGACACAUUACAAAAUUAGAAAUAGCUGCUCUCUCCCCUCCACUCACUGCUCUGUCCGAAUCUCAGACUAUAGAGAACGGGAGAGAAAGGGGAGUUUUACUCGAGCUCCGCUGCGGAAGACGUCGCCUCAGCUCGCAAGAUGGUGGUGGAGGAGAGCAACAAGGUUGAGGAUACUCUGGUGGUCGGGAAACAACGCGUUCGGGCCGUCGGUGGCCAGACCUACGACUCUAAGAAAGGAGUUUCCUGCCAUCAGUGCCGUCAGAAGAUGACGGAAAGGUUGACAGCUUUGGCUGCCGCCUGUAAGAACGUCAAAGCGAAAGGCAUUUGUCCGAUUCAAUUUUGCCAUAAGUGUCUGUGGAACAGGUAUGGAUUGAAAGCUGAACAAGUGGAACUCGAGGAUGAUUGGAAAUGUCCGAAAUGUCAAGGCAAUUGCAAUUGCAGUAUAUGCUUGAAGAAAAACGGUUACCAACCCACUGGUCUUCUCGUGUACGAAGCCAAGGCGAGAGGGUUUCAAUCUGUUUCUGAUAUGCUUACUAUGUACAAGCCAAAAAAGCAAGGGGAGGAGGAUGACAAAAGCAAGGAUGGCUCACCACAAAAGCGUGUCGCUUCAGAGAAGGCAAUUGUCGUUGGUUCACCAAGAAAACGAGGGAAGGAGAACACUCUUAAUCGAAGCAAAGAUAUGAACUUGGAUGCAGCUCUGAACUCUGGUGAGCAGGAAACUAAGAAAGCAAAGCGGGAAGAGUUGACAGAAGUUUGUAAUGGCAGCAGAGAUGUUGGUGCUGCUGUGAGUAAUAAGGAUGCCAAGCCCAAGGUCAAGGAAGUCAGAAGGAACCGGAAAGUAAAGGAAUGCCCCGUGAAUAUUGAGAAUCAAAAGGUUGAUCUUGACCUUCCCCUGCCACAGGGCAAUCCCUUGACAACUGUAGCUGGUGUUGAAUUGGCUGCUGAGGAUGUUGGAAAUGCUCUGCAGUUUCUGAAAUUUUGUGAAACUUUUGGAGAGUUUCUUAAAAUCCAAAAAUGCCAAGCUGAAUCUGUACUUAGAGAACUAUCACGUCGAGGAAGUGGGCGAAGGGGACGGCCUGGACAAUACUCCUCAGUGAUUCGAUUUCAUAACUAUAUGCUCUCCUUCAUACAGAAGGGUUCCUUAGAGGAGUCUUCUUCUUUAGAUCAAUCAAGCUACAAUAAGUCCUGGUUCCAAGAUUUGGGGGAACUUAUCUCUGCGUCCGGUGUCUCUAAGGUCGAUCCUGUAUUAAAGGAACUGUCCCCAGAGUGUUUUAGCAAAGGUGGGGAUGGAUAUGAUAUGUUGAACAUCACUCAAAAGCUCAGGAUUUUGAAUUUCCUUUGUGAUGAGGCUCUUGACACCGAUAUGCUAAGUGGAUGGAUAGAGGACCAAAAUGAAAAAUUGGUCCAACGAAAAAGGGAUGCCAAAGAAAAAGUUGCUAAAGCAAAGGAUAAGGAGAGAGAUCUCAAAAAGAAGUUGCAGAAGGAGAUGACUAAGAGGAUAAUUGCAAACAAUGGUUAUCCUGUCCGAAUUUCAGAACGUAACUCUGUUGUUUCACAAAUCACAAGCAAGGCAGCUCAAGCUCACACUGAGGUGGUUGAAGCAAUGGCCAUGUCACCUAAAAGCAAUGAAAUAUGUGAAGCUGUUAGAAUAAAGGCUUAUGUUUUGGAUGUUCAUGGCCGUGCAUUUUGGAAACUGAACGGUGAUUUUGGUGAAGAUAUUUUGCUUCAAGAUAUGGGAACAUGGGAUGGAGCUCCUUCUGUUGAAAACUGGUUCGUUUAUGGCGCUGAAAUGAAAGAGCCAAUCGAAAAAUACCUCUCUUUUCUAAGUCUAAAACAAGAACGGGCCAGGAGCCAGAGGCCAUUCAAAAGUCGGUUUGCAAGCAAAGAAGACUUGCAGGUUCCUCAGACUCCUGAAAGCAAUGAAGAAAACCCUCCGGUUUCCGACACCUUCUCAAAGCAAUGAAGAAAACAUGGAGCUCAGUCCUGAGGCUAAUUAAAGUUUUGAGCCAUCAGAAGACAGUAUUUAUCUCCCCCAGUUUCUGCACAAACCCCUAUAUGGGAUGGUUGUUACCUACUUCAGAUUUCCCUCUGUAUGGCGGGGAAGUGAUGUGGAGUAGCCGGCCGACGGCCUCAGACGGAAAGAAAAGUUGAUCUGAACUUUUGGAUAGUUGUAUCUUAAUGUUAGGGAAGUUAUUUCGUACUACCUUUAAUCCUCAUGCACACUUUGGUUACUUUUGGCCUCUGAAUUGAAAGAAUUUAACAACAAUCAAUCAAGGGACAUGUAAAUGAUAGUGUGCAGAAGGAGUGCGCAAAAAUUAUUUCCCUAAUUUUAUGUUGUGAUGGGAAAUGUAAAACAAUGUGACGAGUUAAAUUUCGAUGUAAGCUAUGAUUUCACGUU